AUGGCGAAUAUUAAGUUAAAGGACGAAAAUCAAAUGUUAAAGGACGAAAUGGAAACGUUAAAGAAUGAAUUGAAAAAAGCGAAAACACGCAUUAAGGUUUUCGAAAACGAAAUUAUGACGGUGAUAGGUCAAAAAGACGAUUUGCAGCAAAAAUACGACAAACUCAGAGUAACACCAAGACGACUUAAAUAUAAUUUUAAUUUGAUUUAUUGUUUAAAUGUUACAGAGUGAGAGUGAUGAGCUUGAAAAAGCACAGAAUCAAACGAUUGCGAAGUUAAGGCACGAAUUGAAAACGGAAAAAGCGAAGCUUAAAAUUACAGAGAAUAAUCAACAAAAAUUUUCUAAAGAACUUCAAUCAAAACUAGAAGAAAAAGAUUCCGUAAUAAUACAAAAAGAACUUGCUUUGGGUGAUUUAAGUUCUCAAAUAUCAAUUCUAAAAUCUGAGUUAGAAUGGCCGUAA